AGUAAGUGUAAUGGGAUAUAGUUAAUCUACUCUGAUGAUGGAAAGUAAUGCGCCUGAGCUAGGGGCCAAGCCAAGAACCAACAAUAGAAACAGCCACUCAAGGCGAAACCAGAGCGACAGUGCCAAUCACAGAGUGGUUCGCAAGUUACCGCCUCGUGCUGACAACGACCGCUGCAACAUCUACAUUACCAGCAAAACAGACUUCAAGGCACAGCAGAGGCGAUGCGAGGAACUGCUCAAUUCGGGCGUUAAGGAGAUAUUCUUGCAUUGCAUGGGAUACUCGAUCACUCGCGGCCUUAACUUAGCCCUGCGUCUUAUCAAGAACUCGGAGGGUGCCUUGGGCUACACCAUCAACACCUCCACCAUACAGUUGGUGGACGAACUGCAUCCGCUCUGUGAUGAGGACGAUAUAACCUUUCGGCAGCGAAACAACUCUGCUCUGCACAUCAAGAUCUUCAGCAACAACCUAUUUAAUAUUGAUGUGCCCCGGCUUCCGGCUCAGCCUGCUCUACCAAAGGUCAGCCAACGCGAGCCGCCAAAGCCCCACCAGCAGCAGCAACAGCAGCAACCACAGAAGGCUAAGGCCAAGAAGCAGACGACCAGGUCGCAAAAGUAAGGAUGUUCAAACUAUCGGAGCUAGUACGCUGGCUAGGCCUGACUGAGUUCGAGAUCCUGGUCAACCUGUGCGGCCUGCUGGUGUUUACCAUAACGUUAGCCUUUAAGAUAUCCGGCACCUUGAAUGAGGUAUUCCCAGAGCUGAUGAAAGACUGGUUCACCGUCUUCAGUCCUUUGUUCUUUAUCGACAUCUGCAAUGCGUACUUCUGCGUCAUUGUGGGCAUCCGCAUGUAUCUGGACUCUGACAACAAGCGAAAGGCGCUGCAUCGCUUCAUGUGGAGCACUUACUUCCUAGUGCUGAUUGCCAUCUUCAAGUAUCUGUUGUGUCUCAAGCUGUCGGGCAGGAAUACGGCGCUGGAAUACAGCGAAGUCUUCUCGCCAAUAUUCGUCUUGCUGCAGUUGGUGGCCGUCCGGGCCUGUCAGCUGCCCAAUUCUAUAUAAAAUACAUUUCGACCCAUAGACUUAGAGUAGGUUCUAAGUAACCACUGUAAAAAUAUAAAAUUCAAAAAAAUUUAUGCACUUUA